AGGCAUCAUUGAGCCACGUUCAAGUUGAAUUACAAACACGAUCGUCGGCGAGAGGCGAAAGAUCACAAAAAUCGGUGGCGCCGGAGUGUUCCGAGGUGCGAUCGCGACGCGACGCCGGACAGACCAAUCGUGAGCGGUGAACGGAGAUCAGGACGAAUGUCACCCAGACGGACUCGCGCAGCAGCGGCGGAACAGUCUGCUGUUUCCACUAGAUCCAAGGCGCAAAGAAUAAAUAAUGUGAGCCAGGAUGUGGCUAAGUCGACUCAGAAAGUCAGGCAGUCGCAGAGGAAGGAGAAGUCUGGUAAGAGCGAUAUGGAAGCUGCUAAGCAAAGCGCCAAAAAGGAAUCGCCUGAUGCGGAGGUAACGGUCAAAAAGUCCGCAAAGAAGAAAACUUCUCGUCGGAGGCUUCAUUUGAACAAAGUGGAAACUGAAGAUGUGGACCAGAACGUGGACAAUGAGGCAAUCAGAAUCUUGAGAGACAGAUAUUGCGACAAUGUCACGACGGUGGAACUCGUCAGGCACAACUUUCUUCAGUUGAAUGCCUCAAAAGAUCUGGAUUCAGAGAAAAUACCUAAUGGAAAGUUACAACAGAAGAUCACUGCAAAAAUAUCACCCAUCAUAGUCACUCCCAAAAGCACACCUCCGAAGCUCAGUCUCACGCCUCACAGAUCUAAGAAGACGCCGAAGAAAUCCCCGAUCUCCUUAAGCUCUCCAAAGACGCAUUCAAUAGCUAUACCAAAGCUGUUUAAGAGCCCAAGAAAAUUAUCUCUCGCUGCCACUGGCGAGGAUACUGAGAAGAGUUUGGAAAAACCGGAGAGCGAUUCUCAUGCUACAAAAUCACGAAAGCGCAAGAAGGACAGUCCGAACGAUAGUUCCGGAUCUGAUGAAAGCACAGUGAUAUCACCGACAGAAAAAAAGAAGCACAAGAAGUCUGAUAUAAAUUUAAAGGCAACUGUGCGUAGAUUCUCGAAAUCUCCGAAAAUAGUACUAAAAUCUCCAAAAUCGAAGAAAUCGAAAUCGCGCAAAUUGAAGUUGUUAACUCCAUCCCGGGUGAAAAAGAGCCCGUUAAAAACGUCUCCUAGUAGCCCUGGUACUUCGUCAAAUCUUAAUACCAGCUCGCCCAGAAUUCGUAUAAAAAAGUCUCCGUUAUCCAAGGGAAAGAAUUUAUCAUCAAUCAAACAUCGUUUAUUAAAUUCAAAGUUAACAAAUACGUUGACGCCUUCGCAAAUAAAAGAUGUGCUGGCGGAACCGAUCGUGCUGUUGAAGAAGCUAUCGCCUGAAAAUCUGAAACAAGAAAAUAUAGUUGCUAGCAAAACUCGAUCAGACACUUUUAUCAAAGUGAGAUCUCCCUCAAUCAGGGGAGCGAGCAGUUCCAAGGUAUUAACACCAAUUAAAAAAGCUUCCGUAAGUAUGUCUCCUAAGCGAAAUUCCAGCCCUAAAUUAAGGAACAGUAGUAUGGAAAAAUCACGAUCUAGUAAUACUAAUAGAGUAUCACCAAGAAUUAAAUAUAAUACGUCAAUACCUUUAAUGUCGUCCACUCCACGAGAGGGAAAAGCGACAUUAAUGGACACGAGUUUGGUAUCUGAUACUUCUAAUGCUUCUGUAAAUAACACGUCUCUCAAUACUAGAUUAAGACAUAGGAGUCAAUCUAACGUGCAUUUGUCUAACACAAUGGAUAAAAAUACUGACAUUAAAAAUGUAUCUAGACCUUCUCUAUUUGAUAAAGAAAUUAAUGAUACUAGUCAAUCUCUCCUUUCGAACGUCACGAGACGAAAUGCUACUUACGACAAGGAUAAUACGAUGGAAAAGAAGCAGGAAAGCAACAAAGACAACACCUAUGAACUGGAGCAACCGCAAACAAUAAGUUUGCGACAAAUGAUUAAGAAGCGUACCUCAACAGAGGCGAAUUUAAGCUCGAAAGAUAAUGCGAAGAAAGCUAAAGUGCGCUUUGCAAUUGGAACAUCUGGCGGAGGCAGCGCACGAAAAUCCGUUAACAAGCUGAACGGAUCGCGAUCAAGUAUUUCACAUGAUGUUAGUCCACGAAAUAGAAGCAAUAUUAUGAAUUCAUUAUCUAAAUCGAAAAAGGUUGAAACUCCAAAGCUUACUCAGAACUCGCUAUUUUCUCCUUUCAAGAGAUCAAGUCCAAGAAACCACGGAGGCACACCGAGAGCUCAAUUGAGUAGAGUUCAAGUCACACCAAAAACCUUUGCAUCAACUGAAAAGAAAUCAGAAAAAAAAUCAUCUACGAAGAAAGUACCAAAUUUCUCAAGAAUACAUGAACAGAUGUUUGCCAAAUCAGAAUCGCUCGUGGAUGCAAAGAAACGUUUGGAAGCCAGACACGGCAGACACCUAGCGUUCAAACUUGUUUCUACGAAGACAGCGGUAAAAUCGCUAAAAGCAGAUAUGGAAACGGAAGAGAAGAAAUUAUUACCAACCGACACGAGGGACGGUAUUCACAAUAGAUUUGGGUUUAAGUUGAAAAAACCAGAAGCUACGAACAUUAUGUUGAAAAAACAACCAGUUUUUUCAAGGCAAAAACAGCAACAUGAAACGCGGAUGAUGCUGAAGGGUGUACGAACAAAUCGACGAUUCGAACUGCAAAUGAAAGCUCGCAAUGUAAACUCGUAAAGAUCCAUGCUGUAUUAUAUAUAGCAUGUACCUCGAUCUUUCUUUUUGUUGAUGUAGUUUAUCGCAUAAGUUUUUCUCUCUUUUGAAAUAUGUGAAACCGUUUUUACUAAUAUAUUAACUUGAAAAUUUUGGGGAGGGAAGAAUUUCAAGAAAUACUUCGAAUAUUUUGUUUAAUUAUGUUCAUGUAAAUAUUAGGAAACGCGUGUAUCAUAUGCUGUCCUUUUUUCUAAGGGGAAUGUGUUUUCUAUACAUAUAACUGGUUUAUUACCAUAAAUGAAAAUUAGUGGAAUUAAGAAAAUUAGUGGAUAUUGCUUUAACAUGUGUUUGUACAAAUUUAUAUGUUUUCACAUAAGUCUGCUUUUAACUAUAAUUUUCUUUUCUUUUUGUUGUUUUUUAAGUAUGAACAGUAGGGAUAAAAACACUAAGAUCUUUCACAAAAGUAUAUCUCUUUAGAGAAAUUUUACAUCUCGAAAUGGAGUAAAAACCCUUCAAUUAUUAAUUUAUACACAGGGACAACAAAUGAUUUAACAGUUAAUAAAAUAAGAUAAUUCGUAAGAUAAGCAUUAUAUGAUAUUUUUAUGAGUUAUUCUUAAGUUAUAUUAAAUUACUGAUCAUUUGUAGUGUAUUAAGAUUUUAAUAAGUUAGUCGGUUUCUGAACUGACGACUAAUUUUUUAUUUAUAGAUAAUCCACAAGCAAUGUAGUUCGAUUUAUUUCUAUACUUAAUAUUUGCUGUAAACAGUAUUGCCAGAUAAGCUCGUAUCAAGAUUAUAACUAAUAAAAAUGCUAUGGCUUUCUUGGAUGAUUUGUAUAAACUGUAAAAUUACUUUUCGUAAUCUUAAAGAACGUAAAUUGGAAAUUAUUUCUAAAAGUUUCUUCGUGUAUAUAUACAUAUAUAUGUACAGGAUGUUCGAUAAAAGUUACCUAGUAAUGACAGAACCAUAGCUUUUUUUUAUUAGCCUUGAGAGUAUCUUUGACUGUAAGAUAACGCGACCAGAGAAAGCCAUCACCGAAAGAUUAUUUCGACACGGGAAGGACGUGAAGGCCAGUCGCUUUUUUUUCUUGUCGGAUAGAGGAUUGAGGUCAUUGAGGUGGAUAUUACGGCGAUCUGUCCAAUCGAUCCCUCCAUUGUAAUACAGAAAGAUUAAUCGACUCUAAAGAAUCACGGUGCAAGAGACCAGAAUAAAUUUUGAUUAAGACUCGAACUCGAUUUUACAAGCUAAUGUUUUUUUAAAUAAUGGCUCUGAGAGCAAUAUUAUUGUGAAACUUACAUGAUUUAUAUCCGAAAUGUUUCGUGUUAAGAAAAGGAAAAUUCAAAGUAAUACUAAGCUUUUCUAAGAGCUCUGGGAGCUCUGAUCGAGCAAGAUUAUCGAGCUCAUGACUAAGUUUAUAUGUCAUCAUUAAUCGAGUAGUAACAUUUGUAGUUAUAACUUUCUAAAAUGCGUGCUCAGUUAGGUACACUAAGAGAUGUUAUUUUAUCUCCAAAGAAAUCUUCAUUUUGUUAAAGAAAUACAACAUACACUUUUCACAAUUUUAUUUUAGCGUUCACACAUUUCUUUAAAACCAGAUUUAUAAGUCGACAUCUCUUCGUCAACGAGUGUAAGAGUAAUAACUGAUGUCAAUAAAACCGCAUUUAACAAGCGUUUAUGAUUACGUUUAUAUCGGCUUAUAAUCCGGUUUAAUAACUACCGUGUACUGUCGCAUCAAAAAUUUAUCUUCUUUUGAUUAAAAAUUUUGGAUUAAAUAGUAUACGGUAGUUAUUAAACUAGAUCGUAAACCGCUGUGUAAACAUAUAUAGUCCAUUAUAUAUUUUGUAUCAGUUAUAACUAUACUGAUGUUAUUAAACCCGAUUUAAUAGUGACGUGCCAACGUAGUCCAUGAUUUGUAUAUAUGUUUCACAUUAGGAAAAAGAGAAAAUUUGAUGUAAUUUGGGAGAAUAGUAGGAGGGUAAAAUAAUGUAUCAUUUCAAUAAAGUUUCUUUCUAUCUUGUCA